AUUUACAUGCAGGUGUAGAUAUUGCUCCGAACAGCCGUUUGGGUCUUAGCCUAGACGAGUUGAGAGCUAGAUACUGUUGCUUAUUGAAAUACUACAAGAUUUGUUCCAAAGAACGGCCUGGGACGACAUUUACGCACGGGAGACUCGCAAACUUUGCUCAAACACGUAUCGAGAGGUAUAUGUUUUUUAAAUUGGACGUGGCUAGUAUUGUCAACAACGAUGACAGACACACCGCUGCUGCCAAACAUUGAACCAAAUCCUUUGUGCCCGAUGAUAACGAAUACGAUGAACUCAAACAUUGAAAACCAAAUCCAACCGAACCAAGACGCUAAAAUCAUCAUUAAUGUUAGCGGUCUACGAUUCCAAACGUAUGUUAGCACCCUCGAAAAAUUUCCCGACACAUUGCUCGGCUCGGCCGAGAAACGUCAGCGAUUCUACGAUCCGGAGUUAUCCGAAUUGUUCUUCGAUAGAAAUCGUUCAGCGUUCGAAGCGAUUCUUAGCUACUAUCAAAACGACGGCUGUAUAUUCCGACCCGAAAACGUACCUGUGAAAAUAAUCGCUGGGGAAAUAAUAUUCUUUGAGUUGGGUUCGGUUGCCAUGAAUCAAUUGUUCGAGAUUCCAGGCCAUACGCCUGCUGCGGAGACUGUGUUGCCAAAGAACAAACUACAGCGUCGCGUUUGGCUGUUGUUUGAGCAUCCGGACAGUUCAGUGUAUGCUAGGAUUCUAGCAUUUUUCUCGCUGACUGUCAUCAUGGUAUCCAUAGUAACAUUCUGCUUGGAAAGCAUGCCCAUGUUCAGCUGCCAGGAAGACAAGUGCUCAAAUAAGAAAGAUGAGCCCUGGCAUUCAAUAGAGAUCGUUUGCAUUGCCUGGUUUACAAUUGAGUACCUCGCUCGGCUGCUCUCUGCCCCCGAAAAGAUGAAAUUCAUCAGGUCAUUCCUCAACAUAAUCGACCUGGUUGCUAUAUUGCCUUACUAUAUCACAUUACCGCUAGAUAACGCUACUGGUGGUUCGUUUGCCGUUCUUCGUGUUUUCAGAUUGGUCCGCGUGUUCCGAAUUUUCAAAUUGUCGCGUCAUUCCAAAGGUCUGCAGAUACUUGGCCAAACGCUUCGCGCAAGUAUGCGAGAGCUCGGAAUGCUGAUAUUCUUCAUGAUCAUCGUGGUAGUCCUCUUCUCCAGUGCUAUAUAUUAUGCUGAAGGAAACAACUUCUCAUCCAUCCCUGGGGCAUUCUGGUGGUCCGUAGUUACCAUGACAACGGUGGGAUAUGGCGACAAGUAUCCAAAAACUUGGCAAGGCAAGCUCGUAGGCUCGAUAUGCGCUCUGUCAGGUGUACUAACCAUUGCCCUCCCAGUCCCCGUCAUCGUUUCAAAUUUCACGUAUUUCUACCAGAGUGAACAUGAAUACAGAGAAUUCGAAGCGAUGUCUGAUAAAUGGGAGGAAAACAAAGAGGAUACCAAGGAAUUGGAUGGUACUGCAGAUUUUUGUGGAGUGAAGGUAUGUAACACUCCUGGAGCACCAUGCAUCAGCGAGGGUUAUAAUGAGUUGCAACAGCACAGCCCCAAAAUUGAAUCAAAAAAGAUAGAAGAAAUUGAACUCGCGGAAGUUGUCGUGACUUGAACAAACAAUAGUUUAUUUCAUAUUUAAUUAUUUAUUGAUUUAUGUAUUUAUUGAUGUAUCGGUUGUAGGGAAAGAAAGCGAGGAAUGGUCUUAAAACCUUGAUAUAUGUAAUUAUAAUAUGCGUAUAGAGAUUUUUGCAAAGCAGAAUGAUGAAAUAAAAAUCGUAUUUCAUUGUGUAA